AUGGUUCGUGUCUCCCAGAUUCCAUCCCCUCUUGAGGAGUACUUUUUGCCUACCUUCCAAGGUCAUUUUGCAAGGUCUAGGACGCACAGCAAGCCCAACGGCACCCUUCUCAAGUCUGCGACACAAAUUUCAAUUGAAUGGCUCAUGCAUUAUCGUCUGCAGGAGGUGUGGAGCAGCUAUGCAAAGGUCUUGGCCCCGCGGCGAGCGAACCACACGGCUCUGAGCAAACCAACGUCGUUGCCCACCAGAAUUUCCUUCGAGUGGGGUCACAUCACCCAACGCGCGGUGCGAAGCACCGCAAUCAUCAUCCAUGCACCCCACUGUUCCACGCUAUGCGCGUGUCGAGUUCCAAUCACGUUGCUUGUGGCAUAUCGCAUGCAAGAGGUGCAGAGCACCUCGAGCACAACUAUGGGAAGCAAAUCCACAACCUUUUUUUCUGAGGUCUUGGCCCCGCGGCGAGCGAACCACACGGCUCUGAGCAAACCGACGUCAUUUCCCACCAGAACUCCCUUCGAGUGGGGUAACACCACCCCAAGGGCGGUGCGAAGCACCGCCAACGUCAUCCAUGCACCCCUCUGUUCCGCCUGUCGAGUUCCAAUCAUGUUGCUUGGUUUACUGCAUGCAAGAGGUGCGGAGCACGUCGAACACAACUAUGGAAAGAUCAGCUGCUCGACGUUAACUAUAUGUAUCGACUUCCGCAAAAUUGGGGUUAGAGGUCAGACAUGUUGCGAUCUAGCUAUCAUGUCCUCCCUCUUCAAAAUCUCCCGUAGGCGUCAACACGAUAUAUCGACGUCCGCCAAACGCCCUCUGGAUGUCUGCAUAGGCAUCGUGCCUGCACAACACUGUCUGGACCCUUGUCGAUGCUUUCCCGUUGCCCACAGCGCCGCAGGCGCACGCCUCAACUCCCUGGCAUCUCCCAUACACGUCGACACGACCUUACGGACAUCUGCAAAAGGGUUAACAGUUGCCCGUGUUGCGAUCUACCCAACGCCACAGGCGCACGCCUCCCCUCCCUCGACAUCUCCGAUAUACGUCGACACGAUGUAUGGACGUCCGCAAAACACUCUCAAGACAUGGAGCAACUGUCCUCUCUUGUUCCACGUCAUGUCCACGUUGGCGACGUCGCAUGAUGUUGACUAUUCGCAUCGACGCCCGCAAAAUUGGGGUACAAUGACUAUAGAAAGUCAUACGUCGACUUACCCGCACCUUGUCCUUGCUUUCCCUUAG